GGGAGGCUCUGCGGCAUCCGAGCUGCCUGGGGCCCCGGUGUCGCAUUGGAGCGUCUGCAUUCGCGGCUGUAGCGCUUCCAUGAUGGGCGAGAGGCCGGAGACGAGCCUGGAAGGCCCCUGGCUGGCGGUGGGGAAGGGAACCGGGCGGCCCGCGCUCCUGCUUGCCCCCCCAUGGCUGCUCAUCUGCGGGGCGGCCUUCAUUGCGAGCCAGGCUGAGCCCUGGAAGCCCCAGGCCAGCCUCCUUGGGAGUUGCUCCACCGAAAGCCACGGGCGCAGAUAGGAUGCUGUUUGCCCCACCGGCCGUCCUCCGGUAAGGUAGACCCGUGAAGAACUCAAGAUGGACCUUGAUGUACUAAACAUGUUUGUAAUAGCAGGAGGCACCCUAGCCAUUCCCAUCCUGGCAUUUGUUGCAUCCUUUCUAUUGUGGCCUUCAGCACUGAUCAAAAUAUACUACUGGUACUGGCGCCGAGCACUGGGCAUGCAAGUUAGAUAUGUGAACUAUGACGACUACCAGUUUUGCUAUUCCUACCGAGGCAGAUCCAGCCAUAGACCUUCCAUACUCAUGCUGCAUGGCUUCUCAGCUCAUAAAGAUAUGUGGCUGUCUGUGGUCAAGUUCCUUCCAAAGAACCUACACUUGAUUUGUGUUGACAUGCCAGGUCAUGAGGGGACUACUCGGUCUUCCCUAGAUGACUAUUCAAUUGAAGGACAAGUGAAAAGAAUACACCAGUUUGUUGAAUGUAUCCAUCUCAAUAGAAAACCCUUUCAUCUCAUUGGCACUUCAAUGGGUGGAAAUGUUGCAGGUGUUUAUGCUGCUCACUACCCAGCAGAGGUGGGCAGCUUAACUCUCAUUUGCCCUGCAGGGCUGCCACAGAUGACAGAAAGCAAAUUUGUUAAACAGCUCCAGGAAAUGAAGACUUCACAGAACAUUGAAAGAAUCCCUUUAAUUCCAUCUACUCCUGAGGAAAUGGGAGAGAUGCUGAAGCUCUGCUCGUAUGUUCGCUUUAAAGUGCCCCAGCAGAUCCUGCAGGGCCUCGUUGAUGUUCGCAUCCCACACAAUGACUUUUACAGAAAAUUAUUUUUAGAGAUUACAAGUGAAAAGUCAAGAAACUCCCUUCAUGAAAACAUGAGCAAGAUCAAAGCUGCAACACAGAUCAUCUGGGGAAAGCAAGAUCAGGUCCUUGAUGUUUCCGGAGCAGACAUUCUAGCAAAAGCGAUUCCUGAUUGUCAAAUACAAGUCCUGGAGAACUGUGGACACACUGUUGUUGUGGAGCGGCCCAGGAAGACAGCAAAACUUCUCCUUGAGUUUUUAGCUAGAGUGCAGAAUAUGGAGAACAAUAAAAAAUUGGCUUGAACUUUCUCUGUCAAACCGAACCCUUCAGCUAGAUGUUUCAGUUGUGAUGAAAUACUGCUACUUUAAUUAAUUCUCAGGGAUUUUAUUGUGAAGAACUUGGUGACUGUGCCAAAAUCCCUGAAGAAACCAGAGUAAUAUAUUUAAUUUGUAGGCCUGUCAGUGCAGUGACUUAUGGGAUACUGAGCCAGCUUCAGAUGUGUGUUAUUGAUAAAGUCCAAUAAAGUCUGCAUUAUUAAAGUAUUUUGGGAGUAGUAAAAGAACCCAUUGGAUAGACCUGUCUCUCCACUGACGUUUUCUUCAGACACCCCUCUGUCUCUGAUAACAUUUCCCUUUACUUUCAUUGUGUAUCCAAAUAUGGCUGGAUAACAUGGAUGUUAGAGGUAGAUAAAGUAGGAAGUGGGUCACAGGCCUGCUUCACCUUGCCAAUGUACCCCUCUCCCAGUCUGCCUUUGGUAAUGUUUCUCGGACUUAUACAUUGAAGAAAAAGUCAGAUCCCUGCAAAGUUCCUGAAUCAUCUGGAAAACAUACACCCUGCCUAUUGACUGGGUUUUUCUUAUAGCAUACAUGUAAUAUAAUUAUUUAUAUAAUAUGUAAACUAGAAUAUGACCUGAAAUGAGACAAUUAUCUUUCACAGAAUGUACUGGCCACUUCUAGGUUUCUACAGCUGUUUUAUGUGAUCUAGCAUAAUGUCCGGCUAAUUGGAAUGUAUGAUGUCAAUGAUAUUCAUUUAAAAUAUGUAGGAAAUAUGGUAUGGAGCAAAACUUCAUAGACUGAGAGCUAAGGCCUGUUCCCACCUCUUAGUGUAUAUGGCUUUGCAUGAAAAGCAAUUGUAACAAAAGAUUCUGAUGAUCCAGAUGUUUGCUAAAGUGCUGUUUAUGUAGCUCAUUAAUUUAUGAUUUCAGUGGAGAAGGAAGAUAUCCCAUAUAUUUUUAAUGGCAGAAAGGUUUCAGCAGUUGUGCAACUUUGCAGUGCUUACACUGAUUUAUUGUAGGUGAGUAUGCCUCCAUAGCUCAUUUGUUCUGUAUGUACUGCCAGUCAACAAAUGCUGAAAGAUUGGUUAUAAUCUGACCUGAAUUGUGAAAUGUUCUGGGAAUGUUUGUUGUGUUCAAAUAAUUCUGGAGUAAAUAAUUUAAGGAUUCAA